AUGAAUCCCAGUACGCCUCCAUCUACCUCACCCGAGAAAUCCGAGAGCAAUUGUCCCGCUUGUAGAACCCCCGAGACUCCAACACGGACUUGGAAGAUUCCUAAGGGGGAUAACAAAGACAAGGACAGAAGUGGAAGAACUUUGAUCUCAAAGAUUCUAAGUAGUCCUGGCUCAACGCUUCGUACGAGCCCGAUUGCUUUUGCCCUUGCUGGUAAGAUAAGUUUACGUUACAAAGAUGCUCCUAGCAUUUCUUCGUCGGAUUCUGGCUCGACUGUUAGGGAAAAGAUCGCUGAGGCAAUGGCUACAAAUCAAUUUGCCAUUCCCGAUCGUGAUCUUCCGCUAUCUCCACAGGUUAAGACUAGAACAACUGCGCCAAAAAUGAGUAGUCCUCUUGCAAUGCUACUCGCAAGCCCGAAGAAUCAUUUCCAUCACGCCCUAUACAAAGAAAACUCAAUCAACACCACUCCUCCCAAAGCGACAUCGUUCUCUACUGGGUCUUCUCGUCAUGUUGUUGCAUCCAGCGUUCCAAGCGAAUUCUAUGAGUAUCAUACCAUUAACGGUAUUAUUGAUCUUCCUUUUGCCUCCAAGAAAUAUUCAUCUGGAGGUAGCUCUGAUUACGAUUCUGGCUCCGGAAUCGACCUCCUCGUCCUCGCACGUCUCUUAAAAAAAUCUACCGGGGCUUUUCACGUAAUUAAAACACUUUCAGGCAAGAAAGGAAAUCCAGGUCGUAGCCAUGGUGGGAUUGGUGGACAUGUUCCUCCAUAUGGAAUGGGCAUUCCUACAUUGACUCCAUCUUUUUCUACUCAUGAUAUCGAAGAGUUUAUGCCUGUUGACGAGCCAUAUCUCACUACUGGGGGUGUCAACGAUCGUCAGGUAUUACAAAAUUUCGACAAGUCAUGUCCCAAUCCACCCUCGAAGUUCGAACCAGAAGAGAGCUUUUGGGAUACUUUGUGUGAAGUCUUUGUGGCUUUGGCGUGGCUAUUAGGUAUAAUUUUUGUCUUACGUUUUAUGCCUGCGCUGAUCGCGGAAUUACUUCUAUUCUUUUUUUAUGGUGGCGAGGCAGCUGAUGGAGAUUGGAGUGAGAAGGUUUGA